AAAUCAACUUGAUAAAGCAAUAUAUUAAAUAAAGUGGACUAGUAUAAAUAAAAUGGGUUCAAUCAUUUCACAUUUACUGCACUUUUCUGAGAAUAUAUUCGUCUGCAUCACUUGCUCAAGUCUUGUGACCUGUUUAGUUGUGACUAUAGCAAUGACGUUAUUACUUGGUAUCGGACUGGGAUACAAUUAUUGCUUCAUCGAUUUCAAAAGCAACCACAGUUAUGUUCCAGCACGUUACGAGUAUAAAGAGUCCACUCCGUAUUGGCAAGCUGGCAAUGAUGACGAGUACUAUGACAAAGAAUCAAAUGAAUCCAAUCCAAUAAAAGCCAAAAAAGGAACGAAUGGUACAGUUAGGUUGAACUAUAAUUCAAAUGAUACCAGAAUACCUCAACCUGAUAAUUUAAAUGAAUCACUAAGAAAUCAAUCGUUUUUCGAAUUUAUGAGGAAAAAAGGGCAAGUUAAUGAAUUAAUACAACCAGAAGAAAAGCAUAAAGCAAUAGAGAAGGAUUAUAAUAUAACCGAUGUACUACAGAAUUCAAAAAUAGUUAUACCAAUGUCUGACUUGGAUUUAAUUUCUCUUCUAUCGAAAUGGAGAGCGGAAAAUAGAAAUUAUUCUUUACAAGUUGUUGUAACUUAGUAUAUGGUAUAAGAAUA